AUGAAGGUCGAGGACCCCAUUAAGAAGAGCAUUCCCAAAGCAAAGAGGAAUAAAAGGCGACGGGAUAGAGCAAAGCAGCUUCGGAAUGCCCAGCCCCCGAGCCUUUCGACAAACGUAGCUGUCCCAAGUGCCAAUGCGCAAGAGGAGCCGGUGAACAUUGAUAACGACGCGACCUAUGAGCUUGAAGAUUUUGAUCCGAUUCACCGUGAAGACGCUGACGACGUGGAAGCAUCGGAAUAUGCUGACGGUUUCAGCGCAGCCGAGGAGGAACCAGAACCAGAGCCCGGACCAGAGUCCGCGUUAGCACAAGAUGUGCGGGAAGCGUACGUGCGUGACUUUGCAGCAGCGGCGGAGAGCCGGACUUGCUUUCUGAGCAGCAGCGCUGGCGUACUUCGCAGCCUGGCGGGAAGCAGAUCUGAGGCGUGCCCCCGGUGCACACCCUGUCGGGCGUUUCAUAACAUGCAUCCCACAGAGUUCAACUGCCUACCCGACGCUAAGGCUGGGUGGGACCUCCACCUCCAGCCAGACGGCCAGCAUGUUCUCUGGUGGCACCAGUCGCUCUUGCAGCUGUUCGACCUUGUGUCAUUCAGGAGCAGGCACCUGAGAGCAAAAUGUCCAGUUUCCGUUUCGGCAACCACACUUCGUGAACGCCUUCGGCAAGCACUCCUCCUGUACAUGGACUGCCAGGGCGUCGUGGACGACUACCCGGAGGGCACACUUAGCACCUGGCCCAAUGGAGCUCUAAAUGGGUGCCCUUGUUGUGGGGACACUCUCAGGUACAGCAGUGGAGUGAAUGGUGCGGAGAUGGAUUUUGAUGAACUUGAUUAUGAUAACCGUGAAUCUUUGGGCCUGGGUAUAGAAGCAGGGUCAGCCGAAGAUCGUGCGGCUGUGAUACGAAGUCCCAGCCUCCAGCCAUCUUUAGACAGUGACCCAGCCUUGAGUGACCCACGUGCUAAUGUCGUUUCAAUUCAAAGGACAAGCACCCAAAGGGGCUACCACCAGCUGACCCCUUUGAGCCAGCCCGGCAGCUGUCGUCCGCUGAGCCGUCAGGACUCUUGCGCCCAUCUAGCUAUAUGGUGCGCAACCGGAACGAGUAGAGACACCGAAGGUGUUGAAGCAGACGGUGACGGAGACAGUUAA